AUGUCUGGUAAUAUCGCGAGGUUUCGGUUGGGCGAGAAUCAGGCUGCUACUUCCCGGGAACGGAAACGUUUCAAUUUAGCUAAGUGUCAAGCCUGCACAAACAAAACUGCAUAGUGACGUUUAUGACUCGGCGUCAUAUUAACUUUUCUUCAGCUCUAUACUAGCAUCGGUUUUUAGACAGCUGGUAGCUUAUAGUACUAUUCACAGUCCUCAGCGCGCUAAAUGUAUGGACCACGCUCAGAUUCACGCUAACGUGAGCUAGCUCGCUAGUUUGUCUACACAGUCGGUAUUUGUCCACAGGAAAUAAAAAUGUCCGUGGAGCACAGGACAAGCUGGAUAUUGACAGGCGCUACUGUCGCCUGUGUCACCGCUUUGUAUGUGCCCUGUGUACAAAAGACUGUGCCCGGUGGAGACUCAGGAGAGCUGAUCACCACUGCUUGUGAGCUCGGGGUGGCCCAUCCUCCAGGAUACCCUCUCUUCACCUUACUAGCUCGGCUGGCUAUGUGUCUUCUGCCCUCACUCUCUCCAGCCCACAGUGUCAACCUAAUGACUAGUCUGCUGGGGGCUGCUGCUUGUGGUGCCCUCUGCCUUUCUGUCUGCAGGUUGGUAGGUGCUGGUCCUGGUGCAGUACUGGCUGGAGGCCUGUUCGCUGUUUCCAGGCUGAGCUGGCAGUGGUCCAUGGUGGCGGAAGUCUUCACCCUAAACAACCUUUUUGUUGGUCUACUCUUCUUCUUGACUUCCAACUUCCAUUGUGCUGAAAACGCCACUCAGAGGGGGAAGAUUGCACACUGGGGAGCGCUGUGCUGUGGUUUGGGACUCUGCAACCAGCACACCCUGGUGCUGUAUGUACUGGUCAUCAUUCCCUGGGUUCUUCAACGACUUUAUUCUCACAGGGAGCUGUCUUUGCGUGUCCUUCUGUCUCUGGGAGUCUGUUUCCUCGUUGGCUUUUUGCCGUACAUCUACCUGCCCAUCUCCUCUUUCCUCAACACAGCCCGGUGGAGCUGGGGGGAUCAGACCACCCUGUCUGGACUGCUGACCCACCUGCUGAGGGCUGAAUAUGGCACCUUCAGUCUGGCGAAGACAGAGAGCUCUGUAAACCUGACCACAAUGCUAAAGGCCCAGUUGGACCACUGCCUGGCAGACCUUUCACUUCCUGUUCUGAUGCUGGCAUUAACAGGCCUUCUCCUCUCCUCAUGGAACAGGACGUGCCGCUCAGUGACCUGGCUGUUGACCGCCAUGCUCGUGGUCUACUCUCUGUUUUUUGCUUGGAGAGCCAACCUGGACAUCAGCAGACCCCUGUUGCUUGGAGUGGUUGAGCGUUUCUGGCUCCAGAGUGAUGCUGCUUUGUGUGUGCUGGCAGGCUUCGGCUUGAGCCGGACACACAGUGAGCUGGAGAGGAGGCUGGGCCAUGGGGGGUUAUGGAAGACCACAGGCUGGGUGCUCACCAUAGCUCUGUUAGCACAUAUGGUGCGCACCAAUCACAGGGAGUGUGAUCACAGCAGAAACAGUGUGGUUGAGAGGUUCGGCAGGGAGCUCCUGGCCUCCGUCCCAACAGGCUCAAUCAUCCUGACCAGAGGAGAUCUGCCUGGAAACUCCCUGCGCUACUUAUACUACUGCCAGGGUGUGCGGCCCGAUGUACGUCUGGUCGACCAGGAGAUGAUGACAUACGCGUGGUAUGUGGCCAAGCUGGCGCAGCACCACCCUGGGGUCCACUUCCCUGGCCACUGGUGGGACCCGGCCCACCCUGAAGAGAAGGACACCUUCAGUCUGGAGCAAUUUCUGUCCCACAACACACAGAGGAAUGUGUUUGCCUGCAUUGGGCUGCCUGACGGAGACCCAAGCUGGGAACGUAGUUUCUCUCGUUGGCCCCUGGGUGUGUGUGACUACUUGGUGCCCAUCCAGAGGCAGUUUCACCCUGAAGAAUGGGCCCAUCGAACUCGCAACAUCUACAACUGGAGUGAGCCACACAACAGUUUCCAUCCUGCGUCCUGGGAGCACGUCGCCAAUGAGGAGAUGUGGCAAGCCAGGAUGAAGACGGCUUUCUUUCUGUUUGACCUGGCAGAAAGGAUGCAGGGAGAGGGGAAAGCUCGCCUCUUUGAGCUGUCUUACACUGUGAGUCUGACCUCAACAAACAUGCAGCAAUACUGUUACCAUAAAGGGGCAGAUUUAAGUGCCACACAAGCUAUACAAGGAGAUUGUGGAGGCCCACUCAGACUACCCCCCAAACUGGGACAAGAACUUGGCACUGGCCUGCGAGAGGCUGCUUCGCUCGGGUCACCAGGGCUACAGUCCAGACAGCCUUCUGACCUGCAGCACCCAGCACUUCACUCGCUACCUGGAGAAGGAACCCACAGAUCCCCAGGCACCCGCCAUACGGUCUGCCAUUACUUACCUGCUCACAGAGAGAGACAGGCUCCGUCAGAGCCGGAAGCAAACCCCAUAACAAGAUCCAGAGAGACCUACAUGGAACUGGCACACUAAGGGUGUGCUGCAAGCCCAGCCCAUAGUGCAAGGCACUGGGGAGGCAGUCUGAAUGUGUCUUGUGGUUUAAAGGCGGUGCUCCAGAGAGAUAGAAUGAGGCAGUCAUGUUUAGGUUAAGUUUUGGACUGAACCAAAUUAGACUUGUGAGAUGAGGGUUAAGAGAAGCGCUGGGGCAGAAGUCCCGGGCUCACAAAGGACAGAGAGCCAUCGCUAUGCCAUGUUUCAUUUGAUGAAUGUUUACAGUAGACGAGGGAUGGAGCUUGACUUUGGGAAGCCUUUACUGACCCCAAUCAAGCUGCGCGUGCUCCCCUUAAACUCACCCAUUCGAUUGGUUUAUCGUUACAUCUCGUCCUUUUUUUCCUCUCCUCUUCUGCUCUCACAGUUUUUAACGUGCUGAUUAUUUUGCCUCAGCCACUGCUCUAGUUCUCCUUUUCUCACAUUAGGAUGGCAAGGCUGAGAUUGAGGGAAAACCAAUUUGGGGGCAGAAAUGGGGGAUUAUAGUGGCCGUUUAAUCUAGGACACACUUGUGCUGUGCCACACAGUCCUCACUACGCAGCGCUACCCACCCACCCCUCUAUCCUUCCAUCACUCUAUCUUAGAUGGUCCUUUUAAUUUUUUAAAACUAAUGGAUUCGAUGAGUGUGCCCCCCCGCCCCCCUCUUCCUAACGAGAGAGCUGUAAUCCCUCAUGGAUUUAAAUGAAAUGUGAAAUGUCACAAUGCCAGGGACCCUUUUAGAGGUGCGUUUCUGUGUGCAUGUGUGUUGACUUGUGUUUGCAUGUCCGCAUUUGCGUGUGUGUUUGUGAACAUGCUUAAAUCUCAACCCAAGCCUUUUCCCUGCCUGGAAGCACAUAAAAAUGUUGUCGAUAAACAGAUCACUGGAAAGAGAGAAGAGCACAAAGUCAUUCAAUCUCCAGGGACACGUGGGAGACAUGCAAGACCGUCAGCCUCCCAGCUCGCCGGAAAACGUUUAGCUGGACGUUUAGCUCUGUGAGGGUUGCUGGAGAGACAACUGCUAGUGGCCCAUAGUCUUUGACAUAUUCCCGGGGUCCAGAAUAUCAGUUACACCCUGUUUUUGUAAAUGCCAGUGCCGACACUAAUAAACCAUGUGCCAUGAAAUUUGUUGUAGAGGUCAAAUCAGUGUAUUGCCAUAAGCUUUAUGAGACACUGCUGAAGGAGUCUGCUGUGUGAGAUACCACUUGAAAGCGAAGGACAGUAAGUGCGUGUGCAGUUUUCUCAGAAUGUAAUCUGCCCUCUCUUUUAGCAGCUGUCAGCUGGCUGGAUGAUGAGAUUCGACCUGCUGUAUCACAGAUGAUUUAGUUUCUCAUAAAAGGGGAAAACUGUCACUCUUUCUACAGAUGAAAAUGUUUCAAUAAAGUUUCUGUUCAUUUUAA